CACGCACACACACACACUUGUUCCUAUGUGUCUCUCUGAUGGCGUUGGCUUUUUUCGCGCGGGUCUCGAGGCUCCUGAUGGUCGUGAUCCUCUUGCAGGGUGUGUGUGUGAUGUUUUAUUACACACGCAACACACACUCAUCCAGAGAUGGGAUGACGGAUGCUCUUCAGCAGAUGCAGUGUGCUAAACUCAGACGAAAGUUUUCCAUUAUCGAACCGGCCAAAAGUAUUAAAAUGGAGAGUUUCACACGGGAGCUAUCAGAUUUCAUGAGCUGCCCGUACAAAUCAAACACAACUGAGCGGGAGGUCAACAGAUUGAGGCUGCAGUUUUUAUGUAACGCCACAGGAUCGUUGUUCCUCACCAAACGAAACACAGCCAUCAAUCAGACCAUCCCAUAUGAGACCAGCAAAAUAAAAACAUACACAGUAAAUGCAGCCAUCCACAGCAUGAUGCCUGAGGAUUUCCCCUGGAGUGGUCGUCGUCUGGGUCGGUGUGCUGUAGUUGGCAGUGGUGGGAUCCUGAAGAAUAGCAGCUGUGGACGUGAGAUUGACAGCGCAGACUUCGUCAUACGGUUUAAUUUGGCAUCGAUUAAUGACAGUGAUGUUGGGCUGAAGACGGAUCUGAUAACCAUCAACCCCAGUCAGAUUCAAUUCAACACCCUGGUGGAGCGGGUCAGUGUGUACGAAAACGCAUCCCUCGCUAUUCCUGCCUUUGCCUACACAUUCUGCACUGGAAAGGCCAUCACAGCUCUCAAAGUCCUCCAUCCAAUCAGACCCCAGCAGCCGGUGAUGUUCUUCAGCCCCAUUUACCUGCGGACACUGGACCGUUUAUGGAAGGGGCGUGGCCUGAAGUCAGUCCGCCUCUCCUCUGGGUUUAUGCUAAUUAACACAGCGCUGGAACUGUGUGAGGACGUGCACGUGUACGGAUUCUGGCCAUUCGGCACUGAUCUGCAGGACAAUCCCAUUCCGUACCAUUAUUAUGACCGGUUGCGUCCGCACCCCUACAUGCACAAAAUGCCGGAGGAGUUUGUGCGGCUUCUGCAGCUGCACAGCCAGGGGGCGCUGACACUGCACCUGCAGCCCUGCUCCUCAGACACACACUGACAUCUUAUUUUUACUGUCAUUUAUUCAUAUGAGAGGACAUGUUACAUUAUUAAUUUGUGAAUUAAUGCAUAUUGUAUAUUUUAGGGAUGCACAAUAUUAUCGGAAUCGGCCGAUAAUUGCUUUAAAGUGCCCCAUUAUGCCUUUCCGAAUAUUAUUUUUCAUGCAGUGUGUAAUGUAGCUGUAUGUGAACAUAAAUUAUCUGCUAAGUUUUGAAGCUGACAGUGCACGACUCGCAAUCGCGAGAUAGAGAGACUGAUUCUUUGAGUUGUUCACAAAACAAUUAUUUUUUACCUAAUUUAGAAAUUAGGUCAAAUUACGUCUAUUUUUUGAGAAAACGAAUGUGUUUUUAGACCUUUCAUGCAGGUAAACCUCUUUUUGGAGACUCAUAAAACAAUAUUAGCAACCUUAAAAAAUUGCAUAACGGGGUCACUUUAAAUGUAUGCCGAUAUGAAAAAUUAUGCCGAUAUGUCGCUGAUAAGAGGAAUACUCA